AUGGCGAACACGGGCUACACCUCGCCGUUCCCUACCUCCCACGAUACUAUUGGACAGUCGACACUGGUCACACCUCUGUUCAUGCCAUCCUCCCCUCCACACCAUCCAGCCAGUCCAUCGCCCCCCGAAUCGCCCCUCCCCGAAUCGCCUCUCCCCGCUGAUAGUCCGGUCUCAGAGCGAUUCCAGCCACAUGGUCAAGAUGAUCGCCAGCAAGUAAACAAGAUGCAGCGCAAUGGGUUUUCUGGGCCCCGAAGCCCGACUGGAGCCGAUCUCGAUGCACGUCUGGCUGAGUACACUCUCGACUUUAGCCAGUUCCCCAGCGGCCACUUAGACGACGUACCUCUUCCCGAGUUCAACGACGAGGAGGACAAGCUUUCGGAUGUGGGAGGACCGCAGGACUUCACAGCAAAUAUGGAAAAGUAUCUGAUGGGCGAAGAUGAACCGGAUGCUCGUGAAGAUGAAGGAAAGUCGGCGCAGAAUACUGGGCAGCGUCGUUCUUCAAUACGGUCCCGACAGCCCGCUGUUGAAGAAGAUGCCUCAGCAGGAGACUACAGUGAAUUCGGCCCUCCGGUGGACAUGUCUACCCCAUCGCACAUGUUGAACCGACACAGUGGGUUCGUGAAAGAUUCAACCCAAUUGGAGGACAUUCAAGAGGACCCGGCCGACAAUUCUCAGCUUUCGGCUUCACCUUCUCUUAGAAAAGUAUCAAAUGGCUCGGAGAUGACGCCUGAAGACCGUGAAGAGUGGCUUCAUCGUCGUAUUGUACACUUGGAAGAGGAGGUUCGAGACCGGGAUGAUCAAAUUCGACACAAUCGCGAGCGGGUUUUGGAGGCGGAGUCUGCCAACAACCAGAUCCAACACCUAAAAACGGAACUCCAACACAAAAUCGAAUACAUCCAAGAUCUUCAAGCUAAGGACGCUGGUGACGAGGAGCUUCAUGACAAAAUCGAAGCCUUGAAAAAAGAAAACCAAGACCAGGAAAGAGCGCUCCAGCAAUCGAACGCAAAUCAGUCUGAUAUGAAUGCCCUUAAAAAACAAUUGCUGGACAUGCGAGAAAGGCUUCAAGAUCGAGACUCUCAAGCCUCCGUGGACGCCGAGCGGUUGGAGACCAUUGCUCACUUGCAACAACAGCUCAGCCUCGCCCGUGACCAACUCCAUAAGCGUGAUGAGGCACUGGAAGAGACGAUGGCAAAACUGAAAGAAGUCACCCGCGCAAAGGAGGUACAGCUUCAGGAGAAGAACAGCGAUAUCGACCGUCUCAAGGCGGAGAUCGAUGACCAGGCUCUCCAAACCGAAAAACUAGAGACGGAGAUAGAUCGCGUUAAGACUGCGUAUCAAGAAUUGGAGGAUCGUCUGACCGGACUUGAGACGAAGAACCAGCCUCUUGAAGCGAGAAACCAGACCCUGGAGGCCGACUUGACCCGUGCCCAAUCCCAAGUUGAAGCUCAAGAAAAUGCCUUGAAAGCCGUCGUUGCGGACCUUCCUCGAGGCAAUCGCAACAUUCAUUCGCUCGGCGACGAAGUCCUCAAGCUACGACAAGAACUCCAAGAAGCGACCGCCAACCGCAAAGCCGCCGACGCAGAAGCGACUCGAUUCCGUGACCAGGCUGCUGAAUCUCAGACACUCAUGCAGAAUACAUCAGCAGAGAACUCGCGACUUACUAAACGCAUCGACGAAUUGACGGCAUCCCUUGCAAAGACCCAGCGCGAGUUAGCUCAGACUCAAGAGGACCAUGCCGAGUCUCUCGAGACUAUUGCUCGCUUGCAAGAGGAAGCCCUAGGCCAGCCUCCAAGCCCGCCUCCGUCACCCCCCAAAGCCCACAGCCCCGCCAAAGAGGAACAGCAGCGCGCGACUGCUGAAAUGGAAGAAGUGCACCAGGCCCAGAUCAAGAGUCUUCAGACAGCCCACCUCACAGCCAUCUCCACUCUACGAUCAUCCCACGCCGAGUCCAUGCGCAAAUUCCGCGACAAGCUCAUUGCAGCAGAGCAGCGCGAGGCAGAUACCCGCGCUGAACUGAAAAAUGUGCGCACGUCAUCCUCGACGCAGGAAUCUCAGCUCCGCAAGAGUAUCAAGUCCAUGAAUGCAGAGAUCCAACGAUUAGAGUCCAUCAUCGCCGCCAAGGAAGAAGCAGCUAUUGAGCUUGACCGCCGCAUCGCACUGUCCGUCCAGAAGAAAGAACGCGAAUGGCAACACCGCGUGGACGUACUUCUCAAAGAGCGUGAAACCAUGAGCAAGGCUUUGAUGAUGUACUGGGGUGAGAAGGAGCUGGGGAGUGGACCUGACGCUGUUACGGGAGACAAGGAGAACCGCCGGCCAGAUGGAGAGAAGAAGGAUGGGGAGAAGGCGAUACGGAAGUCCCAGGCGUACCGGUACAAGUACGUGCAGAGGAACAGGUCGAAGAGUAAGGAACGAAGCCAGGAUCAGUGA